CAACAAUUAUUAGUGCGCUCUCUAUUGUCAAAAAUGCGUAUUGGUUUGGUUGUUGUGCGCUCUUUAUUGUCAAAAAUGCGUAUUGGUUUGGUUGUUGUGUUAGUAGAUUUUGUGCAGCGAGGCAAAAUAUUCGAAUUGCUCGAUUCUUAUCUACGCCAAAUAUGGAGAAGAUCCACGUAGCACCUCUUUCGUCGAAUAGUAUUCCUGCUUUAUUUGCUGUGCCGACAGGGAGUGGUAAUGGCAUGAGGCUGUGUAAGCGAAUUAUUUUCAUCAAAAAUGGUAUGUCAUACAGCAAUUAUGUUCCAAUAACCCAAGUCGAAGCGGAUUCCAAAAACAUGUUUGGUGUUGCAAGAGUUGUAAAUUUACUAGAUGAGAAACACAAAUUCAAACGUCAUAUGGUUAUUAAAAACUGGAUAAACCAUGUAAAAGCAGCUAAGGGAGCUAUCACUGCAGUUGCAUCACCAAUAAAGAAGCCUACCCCAUCAGGGCCUGCGUCUAGCUUUGUCCAAAUUCCGGUAUCCACAUCUGAAAGUGUUACACCUAAUAGUGCAACAUUAGGAAACUCCAUUAAAAAACUUCAAUCAAUUGCACCUGCAUCAAUGCUGUCCCCCUUGGAAGUUAGUAAAGUCAGUAACAAAUCUGACACUGUUUCCACACCAAAAAUUGUGUCAAAAGAUUCCAACCAUCCAGGAAAAAAUGUCCAAACAAAGCAACAGCAGGUAGUGAAAGUAUUGCCUGUUAAACAUCACGAACAAGGUGGGCCUACGAAUCCAUCAAAUAUAAAAAUAACAUCUGUGUUUUCACUUGCUGAAAAAGGCGGACUAUAUUUUCCCAAGAAUAUUAGUCAAUCUGCAGUAGCAAGUACGCAAUUAAAUGCAUUGAAACAAAUUGCAGGCCAUGUAAUACAUGUUAAGAGGCAAACAGAACCUCAACAAGCAAGCAAUGUAAAAUAUCAAUUACCAAACUCCAAUUCAGCCCAACCAUUGGAAAAAGCACUGCCUUCUGGCAUAACGAACUUAAAUGUACAGAGAGGCCAAACAAGCAAGUCCUCUAUUGGCAUUGCUCGUAAAUCAAGCAGCAAAGAACUGAUUCCAUCUAGUUUGCAACCAAGCUUUGUAACAUUAAAACAAUCAUGUAUCAAGGAAAAAGCAGGUACAAAUUUGGAAUAUAGAUUGGACACGGACAUCAAAGAGGAUGAACCAGUUGAUGAUACCAAGAGCAGAAUGUCUAACACUAAACCCUUUAAUAGAAAAAGUUCUGCAGUCAGGAGGAGCCAGAGAAGGAAAACAGCAACAAGACCCUAUUCACCAUCUCAAAGUUACAUAAAAUCCCAAAAUUCACAGACAGUUAAGAUGGAGAGAAACAACAAUUCUCCUAUCAAUAACACAGCAUCUAUUCAGAUACUAAAAGGGGUUAAGCAUGCACUUAACGAAAAUACACUGAGAAGAAAUAGAGUACUGAAGAUCUCAUUACCAAAAAUCUUGUCAUUGACACAGGAACAUGGAGUUAAAAAGAAAAGAAAUGAAUUCAAUAAUCAGUCUUCAUCAGAAAGCUUUGAAGUUUCAGAGCAACUGAUGUCAGUGACAGAAGAUGUUUUUAUAAAAAAGGAACCAUUGGAUGCCAGUGACGAUAACGAUAACGUUGGCUACUUGAACAGUUUCAUGAAAGAACAACAGUUUAUAAUGGAAUCAUUUAUGAGUGAUUCAAAAUCGAUGCAUUUUCCCCUUGUAAUGAUAAAAAAAGAACCACUGUCUGAUGAUGAAGACAUACCAAACCAGGAGCCAGUGCCAUCAAAAAUAAUCAAAGAAGAACCUCUGUCUGAUGAGGAUGAAGAAUGUACAUUACAGUUUCAGGCAGACCAACAAUGUUUGAAUGCAAACAGUGAUACAGAAGGUCCAUAUCAAAAUACUUUAGUAGAACAAAAAUUGGUAGCCGUGCCUUCAUCAAGAGAAGAUCGAGUAAAACAAUUGAAAGACCGAAUCAAAGAAAAGCAGAAUGCAUUGGCGUUAUUCAGAAAGAGACCUCGCAUUUCUUUGAUUGAUGAAUUUUAGUAUAAUUACUCUUGAGUUAU